AUGGCAACGGAUAUCGUUCUUGCCGUUUUAUCCCCUGUUGUUGAGCAUACAAUUGGUCCCAUUAAAACACACAUUUGUUAUGCAUUAUAUUGCAAGAGCAACCUUCAAAAUCUGAAGGAGGAAGUUGACAAGUUGAAGACUGCGCGAGAAAGUUUGCAACACAGGAUGGAUGAGGAAACAAGAAACGGGAAAGUGAUCGAAGAGUGUGUUCGGAAGUGGCUUCUUCAGGUGGAUGGUAUCAUUCAUAAGAUGGAAAGGGAACCUGCAGAAGAUGAAGACCCAGCAAAGAAGAAGUGCUUCGGUGGAUUGUGUCCAAAUUUCAAAUCACGCUACCAGCUUGGCAAGAAAGCAAAGGAGGAACUAGCAACAGUUACAACUACACUUGUUGAACAGCCCAACUUUAGUUCAAUUUCUUACCGUGCUGCACCGGAGAUGGGCGUCAUUUCUACCAAAGGUUACCAGGCCAUGGAAUCAAGAAUGCCAAUUUUCAAAGAUGUUAUGAAUGCCUUAAAAGUUGCUGGUGUGAAUAUGGUUGGGGUUUAUGGAAUGGGCGGUAUAGGCAAAACCACGUUGGCGAAAGAGGUCGCUAGAGAAGCAACAGAGAACAAGUUAUUUGACAAGAUGGUUUUUGCGAGUGUCACCAGGACCCCGGACAUCAUGAAGAUUCAAGGCGAAAUUGCAGAUCAGCUUGGCUUGACAUUUGAUGAGGAAAGUGAAUGGGGAAGAGCAAAUCGAUUACGUGAGAGGUUAACAAAAGAGAAGAAGAUUCUUAUUGUUCUAGACGAUUUAUGGAAGAAGGUUGAUUUAGAGGCAGUUGGGAUUUCGCUUCAGGAUGAACAGAAGGAAUGCAAGAUGCUUCUGACAUCAAGAGAAUAUGAUGUUUUAUCGAGUGGAAUGGAUGUUCGGGAGAAAUUCUCAAUUAGUGCUUUAAAUGAAGAAGAAGCUUGGGACCUAUUCAAGACGACAGCAGGUGGUAAUGUUGAGGAUCCACAAGUGCAACCCAUAGCACUUAAGAUCGCAACAAAAUGUGCAGGUUUGCCCGUGGCCAUUGUAACCAGUGCUAAGGCUUUAAAGGAUAAGAGCUUGCCGGAGUGGAAGGAUGCAUUGCGAGAACUGGAACGACCAUCCCCAACAAACUUUACAGGAGUGCAAGGGGAAGUGUAUAGCGCCAUAGAACUAAGUUAUAAGCAUCUUGGAAGUGACGAUUUAAAGUCAACUUUCCUUCUUUCCAGUCGAAUGGGUUACAAUGGCUCCACUGAAAACUUGUUGAAAUAUGGUAUGGGGGCAGGUUUGUUUUCUGAUGUUGCUACAGUAGAAGAAGCACGAAAUAGAUUGCAUUCACUGGUUCAUAAACUAAAGGCCUCUUCUUUGUUGCUUGAUACUGAUACUAGCAAGCAAUUUUCUAUCCAUGAUGUUGUUCGUGAUGUUGCCAUAUCAAUUGCCUACAGGGACUGCAAUGUAUUUGUGAAAAGUGAUGCGGUUGAAUUGAAAUGGCGUGAUAAGGAUUCAUUAAAGAAGUGCUCAGAAAUUUGGUUGCAUUGUAAUUGCAUUGGGCUUCCUGAAGAUCUGAAAUGCCCGAAGCUCAAGGUUUUUAUUGUGAACAGUGGAGAUCCUUCAUUGGAAAUAUCUCAAAAACUUUUUGGGGGAAUGCAAAAACUUAAGGUUUUGGGUUUGUCUAAUUUGUCUUUUUCAUCCUUGCAUUCGUCUCUUCAUUUACUGAAAAACCUUCGCUCACUAUGUCUUCAUCAAUCUUCAUUGGGAGAUCAGAUAGCAGUUGUUGGGGAGCUAAAGAAAUUGGAAAUCCUCAGCUUUGUGAAAUCUGAUAUUAAACAUUUGCCAAGAGUAAUAGGGCAAUUGACCAAGCUAAAAUUGUUAGAUUUGAGCGAUUGUUCUGAACUUGAAAUGAUUGCACCAAAUGUUAUUUCAAGUUUGUCAAUGUUAGAAGAAUUGUGUAUGGGCAACAGUUUUCAUCAUUGGGAUACUGAGGGAAAACAUAAUGCUAGUCUUGUUGAGUUGGAACAUUUGUCUCACCUGACUAAUUUAGACAUACAUGUUCCAGAUUAUCGUGUUAUGUCAAAAGACUUGUUCUCUCGAAACUUGGAAAGAUAUAGAAUAUUUGUAGGAGAUGUUUGGGAUUGGGAAGGUGCUUAUGAAACCUCAAGAACAUUGAAGAUCAAGCUCAAAGAUAGAGCUUACCGUUUGGAGCUGGGAAUUUUGAUGUUGUUGCAGAAAACUGAAGAUCUAUAUAUACUUGAAUUGAAUGGUGUUAAAAGUGUUAUUUGUGAAUUGGAUAGAGAAGGUUUUCCGCUUUUGAAGCACCUCCAUCUACAUAAUAGUCCAGAUAUUCAAUAUAUUAUUAACAUGAUGGAUGAGGUACCUUCUAACAUCCUUCUCUUUCCCAUGUUGGAGUCACUGUUUCUGUAUAAUUUGGUAUCCUUGGAGAAGAUUUAUCAUGGCAUACCGAGGACACAAUCUUUUGGCAAACUACAAAGCUUAGAGGUUGAAAAUUGUAACAAAUUGAGAAACCUCUUCUCACUCUCCAUGGCUCAAGGCCUUUCGCAGCUUCAAAGCAUCAAAAUAACCUCUUGCCUAAACAUGGAAGAGGUUGUUGCCGAGGAAACUGAAGAAUUUGACGGCAGGAAUGAAGGAAUUGAUGCGAUGGAGUUUACUCAAUUGCACUUCAUAUCGUUACAAUAUUUACCACGUCUCAGUAAGUUCUACUCCAAAGAAAAGACAUCUUGUGUAUCUGAAACACAAUCAAAAUCAUUGAUAGCAGACGUGAGAUUCAGAGAAAUCAUCUUGAAUGAUGAGCUGCUGCAGACUCCUACGCUACUUUUCGAGAAUAAGAUCGUGUUUCCGAAAUUGGAGGAGAUGAAUUUGGGCUCGAUCAACACUGACAGGCUAUGGAAUGGCCAGCUUCCAGCAGUUUCCAUUCAAAAUUUGCAAAGAUUGGUUGUGGCUGAAUGUGAAAAUCUGAAAUAUAUAUUUUCUUCAUCUAUGGUGAAAAGUCUAGUGCAACUCAAGCAUCUUACAGUACGUAAUUGCAAGUCACUGGAAGAGAUAGUAGUGGCUGAAGCAUCAACUGAAGAAGAAAUAAUGAGUAAGAUGUUGUUCCCGAAACUAGAAGGGAUUGCGCUCUGGUGGCUUCCAAAACUCAAACAGUUCUGCACCGGUUCUCUAAUUGAGUGUCCAUUGUUAAAAAGACUUCGAAUUUCAUGGUGUAGUAAAUUUCAGACAUUCAUCUCGGAUUUUAGAGGCACAAACUUCAGCUUUAGCAAUGAAGCUGGAGAAUUGAACUUAGAGGAGAAGUGCAGCAAUGCCACACAACCUCUCUUCGAUGAAAAGGUUUUAUUCCCUCGCUUAGCUGAAAUCGAAAUCUUGGAAUUGGAUAACCUGGAAAAUAUAUGGCACAACCAACUUGCUGCAGGUUCCUUUUGCGAGCUAAGAUCAAUUGAAAUUGAAGACUGUCCAAAGUUAGUGAAUGUUUUUCCAUCAAUUUUGCUAAGAAGAUUCAAGAGACUAGAGACACUGCGGAUAGAGUCUUGUGAAUUGUUAGAAGAGAUAUUUGAGCUUCAAGGAUUGAUUGGUGAAGAAAACGAAGCGUCUGAUGCAUUUCAGUUGAGAGACUUGGACUUGGAAUAUCUACCGAAAUUGAAGCAAAUAUGGAAGGAGGAUCCACAAGAAAUACACAACUUCCGAAAUCUACAUUCAAUAAUUGUUUCAUAUUGUGAUGCUCUGAACAAUCUCUUUCCAUUCUCCAUUGCUAGAGACCUUCCUCACCUUGGAAAGCUUGAGAUAGAACAAUGUGUGUCGGUAAGGGAAAUUGUUGCAAAGGUAGAAGAGGACGAAGCAGUCCCUCGUUUUGAGUUUCCUCAGCUAAUCUCCUUGAGGCUUGCAGAUUUACUAGAAUUUAGGAGCUUCUACCCUGGGAAGCAUACUUUGGCGAUCUCCAAUUUGGAAGAACUUUCACUAGGUGGCAAAGGGACCAGUACCACUUCAAUUAUUAGGUGGCAUUCCAAACUUGGGUCUGACGUGGAUUCCAGGUUGAAAGUUCUAAAGCUGCUCAAUUUUAAGAAAAACUCGGAUCCUAUUCCAUUUGGUUUCCUACAAAGAUUACGCAAUCUGGAAACACUCUCUGUGAGGAGGAGUUCUUUCAAAAGGCUAUUCUUAAAUGAAGGACUUGUUGAUGAGGAACAUAAAUUGAAGUUCACAAAUUUAGUAAUAGAUUCAGUUAAUGAUAUAAGGCAUUUAUGGGAGGAAAAUCACGUAGUGCUUCCACUUCUUCAAAAUCUCAAGACUCUACAAGUCAAUUUUUGUCAAAGUUUGGUCAAUUUAGCACCGUCCUCUGCAUCUUUUCAAAAUUUGUCAACUCUGGAAGUCCACUCUUGCGAUGGAUUAUUGAACUUGAUAACUUCUUCAACAGCAAAAAGUCUCGUGCAACUUGUCAAGUUGAGAAUAAGAUAUUGUGAGAAUGUGACAGAAAUAGUGGCAGAACAGGAAGAUGAAACAAACAAUGAGAUCGUUUUCAGCAAACUAGAAUACUUGGAACUUGUUGCAUUAGAAAGCCUCACAAGCUUUUGCUCAGGAAAUUACACCUUCAAGUUUCCAUCAUUAAAAGAAAUGGUUGUACAAAACUGCCCAAAAAUGAGGUUUUUCUCUCCAGGAGCAGUAAGCACGCCAAAGUUGCAGGGAGUAGUUUGGCAAAGGUAUCCAAAGAACGAAAGGCGUUGGCAGGGUGACCUUAAUUCCACUAUACGUCAGUUGUACACAGAAAUGGUUGGCUUAUGGCAUUUAAAGCUCUCCAGUUUUCCCCAGUUGAAAGAGACAUGGCUUGGCCAGCUUCCAGCGAAUUUCAAUAGCCAAUUAUCCUUUGUUACUGUGGAUGAAUGUGCAUCUCUCUCCACCGCUAUGCCAUCCAAUGUGCUGCAGUUUAUGCAUCAUUUGGAAUAUCUGACUGUGAAAAACUGUGAUUCUCUUGAAGGAGUAUUCAAUUUGGAGAGUCUCAAUGCUGAGGAAGGGCAUCCUCUGCUAUGUGCCAAGUUAGCAAAAUUGAAGUUGAUUGAUCUACCAAGGUUGAGGCAUAUCUGGAACAAAGAUCCUGAAGGAAUUUUGGACUUCAAAAAUCUUGAAGUGCUGAAGGUUCAUAAUUGUAGCAGCUUGAGAAAUAUAUUUACACCAUCCAUGGCAUUGGGCCUUGUGCAACUCCGCAAGAUAGAAAUAAGGAACUGUUCCAUGGUGGAAGAAAUCAUCACAGAGGAGAGAGCAGAACAAGCAUCAAUAGAUAGAUUUAUAUUCCCUUUACUAAAAGUGAUCAUUCUCGAGUCUUUACCCAACUUAACCAGUAUCUACUCUGGAAGUGCUAUUCUGGAAAUUCCAUCCUUAGAAGACAUAACCAUAGACAGUUGUCCACAUAUGAAGACAUUUGUUUCCUCAAUUCUAAGGGAAAACGACCACAAGGUUGCAUUCCCAAACUUGAAAAAAUUGAGCGUGGAAUGGAAUGAGAUCGUGGAGGUGAUACGACAUGACCAAUUUCGAGAAGAGUUCUUCUGCAAACUAGAAGAUCUUGGGCUCGUCCACUUUCCUAGUGACUAUGUUAAUUUUCCUUCCGACUUUCUUCAAAGAUUCACCAAUUUAGAAAACCUUGUUGUAAACGAUGCCUCUUUUGAAGAGAUAGUCCAGCAUGAAGAGACGAAUAGUGGGAAGAAGCAUAUAGGGGUUCUUGCUCAGUUAAAAAAAUUGAAGCUGUCUAGACUGCCGAAACUCGUGCAUCUGUCAAAUGAAGAUUCACAGCCACGCUCAGUUUUUCAAAAUCUGGAAGAACUAGUGGUGUUUAACUGUGGCAGAUUGAAGAUUUUAGUGCCAUCCUCAACUUCUUUUCAAUGUCUCACGACUCUGAAAGUUUCAAAAUGUCAUGGAUUGAUAAAUUUGAUGACUUCCUCAACAGCUAAACACUUUGUGCAACUCAGAUGUAUGAGUAUAACUGAGUGCGAUAUGGUUGAAGAAAUAGUGGUGAACAAGGAGCAUGAAGCAGAAAAUGAGGUUGUUUUCCCCAAGCUGAGUUGGAUGAAACUUAGCUGCUUGCCAAACCUCACAAGCUUCCACUUGGGAAACUGCACAUUCAUGCUUCCGUCUUUGGAAGAAGUCGAAGUGAAAGAAUGCCCCAAGAUGGAAACUUUCUCUCAGGGAGUCAUAAGCACCCCAGAGCUAGAGAGAGUAAUAACUGAAAGUGAUCUUAAAGGGUACUUCUGGGAGGAUGACCUUAAUUCCACAAUACAAAAGUUGCUUGUGGAGACGGGUAAUGGAGUCGCACAAUCCAAAUUGCCAAGCUCAUCCAAGCAGCCAAUCUUAGCCUGUGAAGCUGGUCAGACGAAGAAAGAUGGACUUAGUGUUGUCUCUGGAGGAAAAGCUGCUGAGGUUUUGCUAGUCUCUGAGACUCCAGACACCAUUACAAAUCUCCCUCCUAUUGUUGAAACGAUACAUGAAACCAACAAACAUGUCAGUAAAGUUGUCUUGAAUGAUGAGGAGGAGGAUUCCAAACAGGACCAAAGUUCCUCAAUUUCCAUGAGUUCAGAAACUCAAAUCUGUCUACAAGUUCAAAAGGUUCCUCUAGUAACUGAUGACAGUGGGCCUCCACGGGAAAAAGUUAUGCCUGCUUCUUCAGUUCAGAAAAGUGGCUACGUAUCCCAUGCCAUUGUGGAUGAACUAGGCCCCAUGUCAACCAGUACUGCAUCUUUUACUGAUUCCAUCCCAGCUUCGAAGACUUCAUCUGUUGACCUAAUAAAGGAAAAGUCUUAUUCUCCUGCAGACUUUGUGUUUGGUAUCACCAAAAAUCUUCCUGGUGAUUUGGAUGCCACCACUAAACCUAUAACACAAGAAAAGGCCACCAGAAGCGUUGUGAGGGAACGUGAGAACUCCCAAUUGGCCAUAACAUGCCGAGAUUUUCAUGAAACUUCGAAUGACAAGGAGGAUCCUACACAGCGUCAAAAUUCCCUUACGAACGUAGAUAGUAGAACCCACAUCUCUCUGCAAUUUGAAAAGGAUACUCAGGGAAUUGCUGAGGAACGAGCUACACCUGGUAAUUCAAUUCAGCAAAGCAACCCUAUGUCUCCCUCCAUUACUACUUGGAAGGAUCUCGCACAUGAUUCGCAUAAUGCUUCGAAAGACAAGGAGGAUCCUACACAGCAUCGAAAUUCCCCAACUGCCAUGGAUACUAUAACCCACAUCUCUCAGCAAUUUAAAAAGGAUUCUCAGGCAAUUGCUAAGAGUGAACCUUCACAGGAACAAGUUAGGCCUGAUUCUUCAAUUCAGCAAAGCAACUCUAUAUCUCCCGCCAUUGCUGUUGAAGGAGAUGCUACGUCAACUCUUGCAUUUCCAACAAAGAUUUCUUCUCACUCUCCUCCAAACUUUGAGUCUCUAUUUGCCAGCAUGGAACAAUUGCUAAAAACAAGCCCUGCAUCUUCUUCCCAAUCAGCUUCAUAUUCAAACACUCAAGCUGAAUCUCACAAGUCCAGUGGCAUGAGCUUGGAGACUUAUGACUACUCUAUGGCUGUGAUAAAGAAAAUCUUAACAAAACCCCUGGAAGAAGUAGCAAGAUCAUAUGACAGCCUUUCGUUACUCUCUGCUCUGAAGAAUCUAAAGAACUGUCCUCUUCUGAAUUCUCAGCAAUCAGAAAUCAUUCAAAUCUAUGUUGAGAAUUUUGACAGUUUAGUGACCUACCACCCAUUUUACGAGCAGCAAAUUGACAGGACUAGUGCACUGAAGUUGUCCAUCAAAGAUGGGAAAGAGGGAAUCACUGAGCUGAAGACCCUUUACGAAGAUCUUUCAAGCAAGACUGUCAAUCUUAUUUCAGUCAAGGAAGCACUGAAGAAGAAACUCCGUGAAAUCGAAGAAGAAGAAGAUCAUAUCCAAGAAAAGAUGGAGGUUCUCUAUGCACAGCUGGUCAAUGGGAAAGAAAAGCUGGAAACAGGCAUAUAUGCUCUACCAGAAUCUGAAAGGCAACAAAGAGAAGCACAGGAUAGGGCAAACGAUGCCAAUGAUCAUUGGGCUAAGAUUAGAGGCUUAUUAGCUUAA